ACGGGGAGGGGCCAGGGGCGGUGCAGACAGAAGGCGGGAGAGACGGCAGCAGCGGCUACAGCGCAGGGGGAAGAGACACACAGGAAGCGCUGCAGGGGACAUAGAGACUCUGGGGAUCGGGCGCCGGGAGGAGACGGCGAGUGACAGCUGCAGGCGCGCCCCUCGUAUGCGACACCGCGACCGCCCGGCUCACACUGACAGCCAGAGACGCCGGCUGGGGAGUGGGGCUGUCACUCCGGGAAUGGUGGUCUCACCCAGGGAGAAAGGAGCUUCACAAUGCGUAGAGGAGGGUGGAGGAAUCGUGCCAGCAGCAAUGAUGGCUGGGGUGCCUGGGGUGGAUACAUAUCGGCAAAGGUACAGAAAUUAGAUGAGCAGUUCCGACUGGACGCACCACUGCAGCAACAGAAAGAUGGAACAACAUCUAAUAUAUUUAAUGGAGUUUCUAUUUAUGUAAAUGGCUAUACAGAUCCCACUGCAGAUCAGCUUCGACAUCUAAUGAUGCUGCAUGGAGGCCAAUACCAUGUUUAUUAUUCCCGUUCUAAAACCACACACAUUAUAGCAAGUAAUCUCCCGAAUAGCAAGAUCAAGGAGUUAAGAGAUGAAAAGGUUGUUUGUCCGGAGUGGGUAACAGACAGUAUAAAAGCUGGACGCCUUCUUUCCUAUGUUCCUUACCAGCUUUACACAAAGCAGUCUAGUGUUCAGAAAGGCUUGAACUUUACCUUAAAAUGCAGAUCAGAAGAUCAAUUCCCUGAGCCAAGCAAUGAUGCUACAGAGAUACUAGACCACAAAUUAAACCAUUCCACUGCAGGCAUCCAUCAAGCAAAUGGAAUGGACGGAUGGGAGGAAGAUGAAAUGUGUGAAGAGAGGAAAGAAGAUUUUGAAAUCUGGAAUUUGGAAGAAGGAACUGGUCACAAAACUAAUGGAGUACAAAAAAAUAUAGGCAACAUGGUUGUGGUCAAUGGACAGAACUGUAGCUCUAAUGGUGCCUUGAAGCCGCUGGAUAUCUCAGUGCAUGGAAAUAAUUCUUUUGCAAGUAGAUUUUCAUUGCAGCAGCAGAAAAAAACUAGCACAGUCACUACAGACUGCACUUUAGAGCAGUUACAACCAAACAGUGGACACACAGAGGUUUCAUGUGAUCCUCACGGGACUGUGUCAUGCUCAGUCUCCUCCUCAUAUUUGCACAAUAACACUAAACUCAAUGGUGCUCACCAUUCGCUCCAGGGGCCUUCAAGCACAAAAAGCACUAUGGUACAUUUGCCUACCAACCCGGCCACUUCACAGUUGCCUAAAACAGUGGACUCCAGUUUUAUUUCUGACUAUUAUUCUCACUCUAGACUUCAUCACAUAUCAACAUGGAAGUGCGAGUUCACAGAGUUUGUCCGAGGGUUGCAGACUCGGAGUAAUGGCAGUUUCCCAGGCCGGGAGAGGUUAAAAAAAAUGAAGCUUGGAGUGACAUCUGCAUCCAGCUUUUCCAAGUGCCAGAACUGCAUUAUACAUGUCGAUAUGGAUUGUUUCUUUGUAUCUGUGGGUAUACGGAACAGACCAGAGCUGAAAGGUAGACCAGUUGCUGUUACAAGCAAUAGAGGUAGUGGGAGAACAUCUUCCCGGGAAGGAGCUAAUCCUCAAUUAGAGCUACAAUACUAUCAGAAUAGGAUAAUGAAAGGCAAAACAGAUUCAUCUGCAUGGAGCAAACCAGAUUCUUCACAGAGAAAUGGACAGGAGGUGGAAACAUCUUCUUGGGACAUUCCAGAUCUUCCACUGAAACAGGGAACAGACCUGGACACCUCACAGCUAUCAUUAGCAGAAAUUGCAUCAUGUAGUUAUGAAGCAAGACAGGCUGGUGUAAGGAAUGGAAUGAUGUUCGGAAAGGCAAAGCAGCUGUGCCCUGAGUUACAAGUCGUUCCAUAUGACUUUGAUGCUUAUAAGGAGGUUUCCAUGACUUUAUACAAAACCUUGGCUAGCUAUACUCAUGAUAUUGAAGCUGUAAGCUGUGAUGAAGCCCUGGUUGAUAUCGCACAAGUGCUUGCGGAGACCAAACUCGCUCCUGACGAAGUUGCUAGUGCUAUUCGUGCUGAGGUUAAAGAGAAAACUUUGUGUUCUGCUUCUGUUGGAAUGGGAUCCAAUAUUCUUCUUGCUAGAAUGGCAACCCGACGAGCCAAACCAGAUGGACAGUAUCAUUUAAAACCAGAGGAAGUAGACGAUUUUAUUAGAGGUCAACUAGUCAGUACUUUGCCAGGUGUUGGAAGGUCUAUGGAAUAUAAAUUGUCAUCCUUAAAUGUUAAAACGUGUGGUGAUCUCCAAAAUCUUACAAUGUUGAAACUCCAGAAGGAGUUUGGCCCAAAAACAGGUCAGAUGUUGUACCGAUUCUGCCGAGGCUUAGAUGAUCGACCUAUUCGCAAAGAGAGAGAGCGAAAAUCUGUAUCUGCUGAAAUUAACUAUGGCAUCCGUUUUACACAGCCCAGUGAAGCAGAAACCUUUUUGAUGAGCCUUUCAGAAGAACUCCAACGAAGGCUUCAGUCAGUGAAAAUGAAAGGCAAGAAGCUAACAAUGAAGAUUAUGGUGCGAAAAGCUGGGGCACCUGUAGAGCCUGCAAAGUAUGGCGGUCAUGGUAUUUGUGACAACAUUGCAAGGACUGCAACGGUUGAUCAAGCCACAGAUAAUGUCAGUGUGAUUGGAAAAGAAGCUCUAAAAAUGUUUCAAUCAAUGAAGCUGAAUGUUUCAGAUAUUAGAGGGGUUGGACUCCAGAUGCACCAGUUGGUUCCAGUACAUACAUCUAACUUUGGUCCCUUGUCAUUGAAAUCGGGUCUUUUGCCUGGCGGCUGCCGCUCCCUGACUAAUAUGUUUCAAGAGCAAAAGAAAAAGAAACCAGCAGACGAACAAGGUGGCAAAAGAGUUGUUACUGCUGCUUUGGCCGUUGGCAUACCAUCAGCAUCAGAGAUUUGUGCUUCCAAUUCAUCCAGUCAGGAACCAAGUACCAGCAAAGCAGAGUUUGUUGGGAAGAAGAAUGGCCUGCUCUCCCCAGUCGGUGCCAAAUCAAGAGUUCACCUUACCAUUGAAGUUCCUUCUCCUUCACAGGUUGACCCAUCUGUCUUGGAAGCACUGCCCCCUGAUAUCAGAGAACAGGUGGAGGAGGCAUUUGCUAUCCAGCAAAGGUUACCCCUUAGUGAGAGUAGAAGAGAGUCUUUACAUAGGUCUUGUACUGUUGGAAUGCAGGAGCAACCAGUGGCAACUGUCCUUCUACAGAUCCCACAGCUGUCUGAUCAAGGGGAGGAGUCUGGCAUUAAUGUUAUUGCCCUCCCAGCUUUUUCACAGGUGGAUCCAGAAGUAUUUGCAGCCCUGCCUGCUGAUCUCCAGGAGGAGCUGAGAGCGGCAUAUGGUCAGAGGAACAGGCAGCCAGAGAGCAUCAUCAACUUCAACCCAGCAUUCGUUUCAAAAAAUCCUUUGCUACAACUGAAAAAGCCUGCAUUAAAAUCAAAGAAAAAGAGUAGAAAGAAAAGCCAUAUCAGUCCUACAAAAAAGAUACAGAGCCCUCUGAAGAACAAGCUCUUUAGCAGCCCUGCUAAAAACUUUGAUUCUAAAGGGAGUCCUCAAAAUCGGAAAGACGGGACAUUCAGACAAGAAGCCAUACCUUCUGGGCAGCAUCAGGUUGAUUUUGGUCCCUCAACCUCUAAUGCCCGAGGAUCCCUGAUUGAAGUGUGUAAUACUUCGAAACCAAAAGCUCCUAAUCUAGCUGGUGCCAUUGAAUUUAGUGAUGUGAAAACAUUACUGAAAGAGUGGAUAACUACAAUUGCUGAUCCCAUGGAGGAAGAUAUACUGCAAGUGGUGAAAUACUGCACUGAUUUAAUAGAAGAAAAAGAUUUGGAGAAAUUAGAUUUGGUUAUAAAAUAUAUGAAGAGGUUAAUGCAGCAGUCUGUAGAAUCCGUAUGGAAUAUGGCAUUUGACUUCAUUCUUGAUAAUGUUCAGGUGGUUUUACAACAGACUUACGGAAGCACACUGAAAGUUGUCUAACAUAGUUGUGUGGCGGAGGAAACGCUUGGCAUCCUUUGGCUAGCUGUACCAUAAGUGCUUGUGAAUUAUUUGCAAAAUGCAUGCUUUUAAAGCUCAAAUCAUUUUAAAAUGUAUUUUUUUUUUUGUAUAUUUUCUUUUUACAUGAAGUGCCAAAUCUGUCAGUAUUGCAUGUAAAUAUUUUGUGUUUCAAAUUCUUUUAUUGUAGCAUAGACUAUUUACAAAAAUGUUUGUUUAUAAGAGUUUUAUGGAUUUUUACAGUGAAGU